AUGGCAUCCGACCUGUCAGAUGGCGUGCAGCAAGUCGCGGGCAGCCUCUCCUCGACUCUCGUCAACCCCAUGACUGCCGCGAGCGCCGAGGUAGCAACAGCUGCCCGUGAGCCUGUAAGCUGGCUUGGCUUCAUCGGGUGGCUGCUCUAUCUCGUCCUCAACCUCAUCUCGACGCUUCUCUACUGGACUGUCCGGAUAGUGUCCAUUUCCCUUCCCAGGCUGCUCUACGCCUUGUUUUCCACAAGCUGGACGGUCACCAUGAACGCCACCACACUCAUGUUUGUCGUGGUGGCCGUCGUCUCGGCGGCCAGUUGGAUCGUGAGAUACCGCAUCCUCAACAUGUACUCGCGCCUGCCGCCCGAGCCGCAGCGAAAGGAACCAGAAAUCGACCUUUUUCCCGAUUCGCAUGACGAGGGCCGGAAAGGGGGCUUUGCCAGCUAUCUGGACGAGUUCCUCAGCGCCAUCAAGAUCUUUGGCUACCUCGAGCGCCCAGUCUUUCACGAGCUCACCCGGAGCAUGCAAACCAGGAAGCUGAUCGCCGGCGAGACCAUCAACCUGGAGGAAGAAAAGGGCUUCUGCAUUGUCGUCGAUGGUCUGGUGGAGAUCUUUGUCAAGUCCGGCCGACAGGGCACUUCGCACCGCGAUGUAUCCCCAGCUCACGACCUCGACUCGUCUACUGAUGACGACCCGCCGGACGGUCAGCAGAGAUAUCAGCUUCUGACCGAAGUGCGCAACGGCUCUCCCAUGUCUUCCCUGUUUUCCAUCAUGUCGCUGUUCACUGAGCAUGUCAAACUCAGUCUCAACGACGACGCUCUACCCCUCGCACCGACGGGGGACGUUGAUUACCGCAGACACGCGUCCGUAGGACAUUCCGGCGGCCAAGCGUUCAACGCUGUGCCCUUGUCCAUGCCAACCACACCGCGCCUGGGCACCAAGAGGGGGGGUCCACAGGCCACCAAAGACACGAUUGCCGAAGACGCCACCGACCACCCCCUUGGCGACAUGUGCGGCCCGAGCUCCAACAUUCCUCCCAUCUCGCUUGACAAGCCUUCUCCCGCGAGGCCACGCAGACCCGAGCCUCCCAGUCCGACAACCUCGCAUUCGGCUCACCCCGACAUCAUCGCUAGAGCCACGGUGGAUACGACCAUUGCCAUUAUUCCGGCAAGCGCAUUUCGCCGUCUCAUACGGAUAUACCCCAAGGCCACUGCCCACAUCGUCCAUGUUAUCCUCUCGCGCUUCCAGCGCGUGACCUUGGCGCAUGCCUUUGACUACCUGGGCUUGACUGGCGAGGUGUUGCAAACGGAGAAGAGCAUGACCAAGUACACCGUCUGCCAGCUUCCCAACCUACUGCGUGGCGACGCCCUGUCCAGGUUGAAGGAGAAGUUCAAACACGAACGUGCUCGGAUCGCCGACGACGUCGAGAUGAACGGCAUCGCCUUGCACAAUGCCGCUGCAACCAGGCAGCGUCGCUCUAGCAGCAUGACACUGCGCAGGGAAGCCAUGCUGUCGUCGAUGAUGACGAAGCAGCGCCCUGCAUCAUCCACAAGGGAAAGCACAACGUCACAUACCCCACACCCGCCUCAGACACCACGUCUUGAUAUAGAUCAUCCGGGGGACUUGGCAAAUGUCCCUCUCACCCGAAACACUGGGCGAGACUUUGGAGACCUGGCCACCCCUCUUGCUCACGGGUCCUUCAAUCCCUUUGACGCUCAACGCCACACACGCAUUUCCAUGGAUGCUCGGGAAUCUGUUGAUGAGGACAACCUGUUCCGGUCGUCCAUCUUGGAGUGCAUGUUCAAAUCGCUCGGACUAGAUGGCAAUGACUCCUCCCGAGAACCUGCAUCUGUGGAGGCAUCUCCCCGGCUUUUUGGGGCGGACCACCGACGCAAAACGCUUGGGACAAACAACGCCUUCGGCUUUAUCGGACCCUUUGAUGGCGUUGCAGACGGCGAGACGGACUCUUUGACAUCCAGCGGUCUGACAGUUCGCACCCCGCCAAGCGCACAGGCCUUGUCUCAAGACAUGAAGAACGAGGUUGAGAUUGUCUUCUUCCCCAAGGGCUCCGUGCUGGUCGAGCAGGGAGAGCGGAACCCUGGGCUGUAUUAUGUCAUCGAUGGCUUCCUGGAUAUGGGCACGUACACCACGGAAUACAAACCGCAAAGUAUAUUGCAGACGUAUGACGCAACGCCUUUGGAUGCUGAUCUCCAGGACGACCGCGCGGAGGCUCGAGCCGACCCCCACAAAAGAGCAGACCGCGCCCGCCGCAGUGUGUCGCUGGUCAAACCCGGCGGACUCGCGGGAUACAUUGGCAGCCUGUCGUCAUAUCGGUCUUUCAUCGAUGUCGUAGCCAAGACGGACGUCUACGUCGGAUUUCUCCCACGGACAGCAUUGGAGAGAAUUGUGGAUAGAUACCCCAUUGUGCUAUUGACAAUGGCAAAGAGGUUGACGCACGUGCUGCCCCGUCUCAUCCUGCACAUCGACUUUGCUCUCGAAUGGGUCCAAGUAAAUUCCGGACAAGUCAUUUUUCACAAAGGCGACGAGUCGGAAGCCAUUUACAUCCUGCUCAACGGCCGACUUCGUCUUGUGGAUGAUAGAAAAGAUGGCAGCGUGACGGCGCUGGCAGAAUUCGGCCAAGGCGAAAGCGUGGGUGAGCUCGAGGUUCUCACGGAGACGGUUCGCCCCGGAACGUUGCAUGCUAUCCGAGACACCGAGCUAGUCAAAUUCCCACGGACCUUGUUCAACAGCCUGGCACUCGAGCAUCCGAAUAUCACCAUCAAGAUUUCCAAGAUUAUCGCCUCGCGCAUGAGAGCCGCAGUCGAAGAUCCACCAACGGCCGGCGGCAAAGAGUCCGGGUCUGGUAGCUCAAACAACCAGAGAAAGGCGACGAUGAAUCUGCGAACCGUUGCCGUUCUUCCAGUCACGGCUGGCGUUCCGAUAGUGGAGUUUGCCCAUCGAUUAAUGAAUGCUCUGGCGCAAGUCAGCCCACCCAAUGGAGCCACCUCGCUCAAUCAGGCGGCAAUCUUGAACCACCUCGGCAAGCACGCCUUCAAUAAGAUGGGCAAACUGCGCCUGACUCAGUAUCUUGCUGACCUAGAGGAGAAGUACGGCUUAGUGGUAUACGUCGCAGAUACCAAUGUCAAUUCCCCCUGGACCCAGACUUGCAUCACCCAGGCCGACAGCAUUCUGCUGGUUGGUCUUGCUGAUGGAUCGCCGGCCACUGGAGAGUAUGAACGUUUCAUGCUCGGGAUGAAGUCGACAGCUAGGAAGAUGCUCGUUUUGCUUCACAACGAGCGCUUUUCUCGCUCAGGCUUAACCAGGUCCUGGCUUCGGAAUCGUAUGUGGAUCAAUGGCGGCCACUUCCACAUCCAGAUGCCUAUCAGCACGGAUGCCAUCCCCGUUCAUAGCCCGCGUUCCAAGAGACUUGGCCAAGCUCUCAAGGAAAGAGUUCAGGUCCUCCAGGCCGAGAUACAAAAAUACACGUCGAGAAAAGUCCACCACGUCCCGUACUACUCGCCCGAGACUCCAUACAAGGGUGAUUUCCAUCGUCUCGCUCGUCGCCUAUGCGGCAAGUCGAUUGGCCUCGUGCUCGGGGGCGGAGGAGCCAGGGGCAUGAGCCAGAUUGGCGUGAUUCGCGCCAUGGAAGAGGCCGGUAUUCCCAUCGACAUUGUUGGCGGCACAUCCAUCGGUUCUUUUGUGGGAGCCUUGUACGCGCGACACGCAGACAUUGUUCCCAUGUUUGGCUUUGCCAAGAAGUUUUGCGGCCGCAUGUCGAGUUUGUGGCGAUUUGCACUCGACCUGACGUAUCCCUCGGCCUCGUACACCACAGGACACGAGUUCAACAGGGGCAUUUUCAAGACGUUUGGCAAAACGCAGAUUGAGGAUUUCUGGCUGGAAUUCUACUGCAACACGACCAACAUCAGCAAGAGCCGUGUCGAGUUCCACACGAGUGGGUACGCGUGGCGGUACAUCCGAGCCUCCAUGUCCCUUGCCGGACUGCUGCCCCCGCUGUGCGACGAAGGCUGCAUGCUCCUGGACGGCGGUUACGUGGACAACCUGACCGUGUCGCACAUGAAGGGGCUGGGCGUCGACACCAUCUUCGCCGUGGAUGUCGGCGCCCUCGACGACGACACGCCGCAGACGUACGGCGACUCGCUGUCGGGAAUGUGGGCCUUCUUCAACCGGUGGAACCCGUUCUCGUCUCACCCCAACCCCCCGACGUUGGCCGAGAUUCAGGGCCGACUGGCCUACGUUUCCAGCGUCGACGCGCUGGAGCGGGCCAAGACGAUGGCGGGCUGCAUCUACAUGCGGCCCCCGAUUGACGACUACGGCACGUUGGACUUUCACAAGUUUGACGAGGUCUACCAGCGCGGUUACAGGUUCGCCCAGGAGUUUCUGAGCAAGAUGAAGGAGGAAGGCGGCUUUCCCUGGAUGGAGGAGACGGGGGCAAAGGAAGCCAUGCGGCGGACCAAGGCGCCCCGGAGAGCCAGCAUUUGA